UUCUAAGCUUCACCGGAGUUGCAAAAAAUGUCAUAGGCACGACAUCGCCCAUUACACACAGUGGGGAUACGUUCUCUUCGAUCACCUAUACUUCGAUUGGUACCUCUACUAUUAUAACAUACUCCUGCUUUGUGUCUACCUCAGCGCUCGUGACCCUGACGUCGACAUCGACGUCCGUGAUUCGUACCACAACUCCAGUACCAACUUCGGGAACAAAGUCAAAUGAAGCCCUCAUUAUUGGAGGGAUUGUGGGCGGAGUUCUAGUACUUCUGCUUCUCGGUAUUGCAGUAUACUGUCUCAUUCGCCGCGGGCGGCGUUUGCGGGCCCAGCAGCAACUUUAUGCUAGUGAUCUGGCCGCGCCACUCUCUCCAGCAGAAGCAACGACAAUGCGCGAGAAUCACCGUUUCAGUCCUACGUACAACUCUGUCGUAGGAGUGCAAGGUGCGAGCGAGAGUCGUGGCGACUUGCAUCAGGCCUCGAACUCAUUUAGCUCAUCGGCCUUCCUUCACCCCUCAAUUGCCAGUUCCCCGCAUAAAUUCUCUCGUAGUUUGUCUGGCUCAGUAUUGCACGAGAACUUCGACAGGGAGUCGAACGAUGGGGACAUCUCUUCAUACAACGAAUCAGAAGGCAAUUUCGCGAGCGCACAGAGUUUUCACGCGUCUAGUGAUGAGCAAUCUAGCUUGAGUCGCGGUAUAGGUAUUGCGAUCGGCUCUCAAUCAAGCAUGGAUCUCCACUCAUAUCAUACCGCCGCUACCAUGCUUGAUGCGGGGGCCCACGCUAUUAUGGAUAAUGAUGAAGAAUGCUAUAGCCCCACACCAAGUCCUUCGGCAUUCCCUGUUCCCCCCAUGAACCCGUUCCUUGAUGGCGCCGAUCCUCGUUAUUUUGUGGCCUCUCGCGCACCACAAAUCUGUCAAGCGGUCCCAGCUUCAUCUGAAAACGCCGCGCAAGCUCCAAUGAAUAUUCGUCAGUUCUCAAAGCUACAAGCGUCUUUGGCGGUGGCUGUAAGCCCUGUAAAUCAUGAUCUACCCACGCCAAAAGCAAUUCGGAGUUUCAAUGCGCUUUCAGGUGAUGAAGACGACCAUGAUGAUCCACUGUCAAGUCAGGACCUCCAAACGCCCACGCAGUCCCGUCCCCAAGUCACGCCAUUCAAUGAUUCGUUCUCCACCAUCAAUCCAUUUUUACGUGAAACGUCCCGGCAAAAAUUCCGUGAUGAUUCUGGGGGCAGUGGCAGCUACGAGACUGUUUCCAUCAUAUCUCCGUAUCCGUUCCAUUCCAGGGACAAGGGUAAGGGGAGAGAGUACCUGUCUGCUGACUUGAGGGAUGAUCCCAAGAAUAACAGAUUAUCGAAUGCUAGCUCCACUCUUGAGUACCCCGAGAAUCCAGUAAGUCCUGAAACGGUUUUAGUGAAUCUUAUUGAUUUAUUACUGAUGCAACGUUAUAUUCAGUCGCAGUGUGGUCUUGCACUCUAAGCAGAUAACAGGAUUUAUAAAUUAUUAUUAGUUGACCCACGCCCUUGGCUCACACUUUUU